GGCCACGAUUACCUGGGCAAGCGCGACGAUGACCUCGGGCGACGAUCCGGCUCACAGCCAUGGUCUUGGGCCACGAUGCUGCGCAUGCGCCGCCGCCGCCUGGCCAUGGGCCUGCUCGGAGCCUUUCUGAUAUGGCUCUUCAUCCACAACAUCCCCACCGACCUGGGUAGCGUUGACCAGCGUAUGGGCCGUCCGCUGCGUCCUGGACAUCGCGUUGGUGGUGUCGAGUUUGGUUAUAGGCCGCCUGCUCGCCCUGCCCCAGAAGAAGCCGCCCGUCCGAACACGGCCUCCAAAGAGCCUACUGGUCCGCCCCCAAAGUCGCAAUCCAUCGCUCCACAACAAGACCACUACUAUGCUGGUCCCGUCAAGUUCUAUAGGUUGGCAAAGACCAUCCAGGUCAUCGCCCGCACCAUGGGCCACAGAAAAGAUAAUAGGAAUGUCUUGUUCGCUGCUUCCAACCUGAGAAGCGCUGCAAACCUGCUGCCCAUGGCCUGCGAGAUGGCCCGCAUAGACAAGAACUUUGUACACUUCACUCUGAUGGGCCGAGAAGCCAUCCCCUUGGAAGACGUGCUCGAGAUGAACGGUAUUGCCCGCGACACAUGUGACAUAUUCUUCCACGAUGCUCGAUGCGAUUAUUCAGACUACAGUACAGACGCUCGCGCAGAAGCUUCCGUAGUUGGUGCUCUUGGCCACAUCCAUAUCUACAUGCACCCGCAAGCCGUCAUCAUCGACGACUCCACCGUUGAAGAUGCCUUCUUCAUUAGAGCUCUGCGUUCGAAACUCGGUCUACUAGCUACUCCGCUCGUUGAGAUUCCAAAAGGAAAGUACGAAGAUUUCUUAUGGAUGACCCGUCUCGAUACUGGUGGUUUGACCUCGUGGCACAAGCCCAGCAUAAACAUCCUCAUCCAAGCACAACCCCACUCGUCAGGCUCGCUCUUGCGUCUUUUGCAUUCAAUCAAGACCGCCGACUACAGUGGACUUUCUCAUCCCGAAAUAACCAUCGACCUUCCUUCUGAUGUCGAGCCCUUUGCACGCGACUACCUCCGAGACUUCCAGUGGCCUCCACACCAAGAUCCUACCGGCCCGCGUCAACGCAAAGUAAAGGUCCACCAUCGCAUCUCGACAGCAAAGACCACAACCGAGAAUAGCGCUCUGCGUUUCCUUGAAUCAUUCUACCCUGUCGAUGCAGACCACUCUCAUGUCUUGCUGCUGUCAACACAGGCUGAGCUGUCACCUCUAUACUACCAAUAUCUCGUAUACCACGUGCUGCAGCAUCGCUACGCGGCAUAUGGAUCAGACGAUGGCGACAAUCUUUUCGGAGUGGUGCUUGCCACUCCCGAUGCCUAUCUCAAUGGCACCGGUCCCUUCUCCGCGCCGACCAUGUCUGAUACUGAGAAAAAGUCCAAGACCCCGGAAGACUUGACUGUACCUUUCCUGUGGCAAGCUCCCAACGCUGACGCAGCUCUCAUCUUUGGCGACAUUUGGGCCGAAGUGCACGACUAUCUCAAGAAUCGUCUGCGUGUGGCCCAUGAUACCACUUCCGUACAUCAAGCGCCCACAAAGCGUCCUAAACUCGUCUCAGAGUCGCACCCCGGAUGGCUUGAGUAUAUGCUGGAACUGAUGCGAGCAAGAGGAUGGAGAAACCACUAUCCUGCCCGACUCGAUGCUGGAGCAUGGGCCACUAUACACCGUGACCUCUUCCAAAAGCCCGAGGAAUACAUGACCAAGCCCACUAAAAUCGAGACUUCAGUAGAGACAUCAGCAAAAGAGGAGGAACCCGAUGCAGAAGAACCUUUCCUCCGCGCAGAAUCAGCGCCGGAUCGCAUACGCCGGCAAGAACAAUAUCUUGAACAGAAAGAGCAUGAUAUGUUACAUCAAUCUCAGCCUUUGCAUGCGUUACUGCCCUACGAGUCUGAGCUCACCGACAUUGCUCUGCUACCAGCAUUAGACUAUACUGGGCAGAAGGUGGAACGUGAAAGUUUUGCAACUGUCGCGACAGAAUUUCGACCGGUGCUGAGAGAACAUGUUGGUGGAUGCAAUGUCGCCGAAGCUUCCAAGGACCGCAAGUACGACCUAGGCAAAACAGGUGAUCUGUUCUGUUUCAUCGGUCAGCAGGAUCUGGAAGAGGAAGAUACAGACGAG